GGCACCCAGCACCGUGAUCCCUCCACACUGGGAUCCCCUGGCACUGGGACGCCCCGGCACUGGGAUCCCCCGGCAUUGGGAUCCCCCGGCAUUGGGAUCCCCUGGCACUGGGAUCCCCUGGCACUGGGAUCCCCUGGCACUGGGAUCCCCCGGCACUGGGAUCCCCUGGCAUUGGGAUCCCCUGGCAUUGGGAUCCCCUGGCACUGGGAUCCCCUGGCACUGGGAUUUUUGGCACUGGUAUUCCCAGCUGACACUGGGAUCCCUCCACGCUGGGAUUUCCCACCACUGGGAUCCCCUGGCACUGGGAUCCCCUGGCACUGGGAUCCCCCCAGCUCUGGGAUUCCUCCAGACUGGGAUGCUCCUGCGCUGGGAUCUCCUGACACGGGGAUCCUUCCACACUGCGAUCUCUUGGCACUGGGAUCCCACCUGGCACUGGGACUCCUCCACACUGGAAUCUCUUGGUACUGGGAUUUCCCAGCACUGGGAUCCCUCCCUACAGGGAUCCCCCUGCGCUGGCACCCUCCAGCUCUGGGAUCCUUCCACACUGGGAUCUCUUGGCACUGGGAUCCCCCGGCUCUAGGAUCCCUCCAUACUGGGAUCUCUUGUCCCUGGGAUUACCCCGCCGCUGGGCCAGGGCUCCUAGCCGGGCGGGUGCUGCCGUCGCCUGUCACGACAGCGGAUGUCACGCCAGCAGGGCGGCGAGGCCGGCCGGCUCCCCGCGCCUGCCCACACCCAAGAUGGCCGCCGCGCUGAGCCGCCGACGCCACUUCCGGCCCGCCGACGCCCGGGAGGGGGCGGGGCUAGUGACGGCCGCUGAAGCGUCACGGCGCGCGACGCUGCGUGACGGCGGCGGCGCCGCGCGGGCGGGAGCGGACGGCGGGGCAAGAUGGCGGCGGGGCCCAUCUCCGAGCGGAACCAGGAUGCGACGGUGUAUGUCGGGGGGCUGGAUGAGAAGGUCAGCGAGCCGCUGCUGUGGGAGCUCUUCCUCCAGGCAGGGCCGGUGGUCAACACCCACAUGCCCAAGGACCGAGUCACAGGCCAGCACCAAGGCUAUGGCUUCGUGGAGUUCCUCAGCGAGGAGGACGCGGAUUACGCCAUCAAAAUCAUGAACAUGAUCAAAUUGUACGGGAAGCCGAUCCGAGUGAACAAAGCCUCGGCCCACAACAAAAACCUGGACGUGGGGGCCAACAUCUUCAUCGGCAACCUGGACCCCGAAAUCGAUGAGAAGCUGUUGUACGACACCUUCAGCGCCUUUGGGGUCAUCCUGCAGACGCCCAAGAUCAUGCGAGACCCCGACACGGGCAACUCGAAGGGUUACGCCUUCAUCAACUUCGCCAGCUUCGACGCCUCGGACGCGGCCAUCGAGGCCAUGAACGGACAGUACCUCUGCAACCGGCCCAUCACCGUUUCCUACGCCUUCAAAAAAGAUUCCAAAGGCGAGCGGCACGGCUCGGCUGCCGAGCGUCUCCUGGCAGCCCAGAACCCGCUCUCACAGGCGGAUCGGCCCCAUCAGCUCUUCGCCGACGCUCCUCCUCCUCCGUCUGUCCCCACUCCUGUUGUCACCUCCCUGGGACCUGGCGUCACCCCUCCAGGCCUCCCACCCCCAGGAUCAUUCCCCCCGCCGGUGCCGCCUCCCGGAGCGAUGCCUCCCGGCAUGCCUCCUGCCAUGCCACCCCCACCCAUGCCACCCGGCGCGGGUGCCCCCGGCCCCCCCUCCGGGGCUGCGCCGAGCGGGGGGCACCCCCCUCACCCGCACCCCUUCCCUCCGGGCGGGAUGCACCACCCAGGAAUGCCUCCCAUGCAAGUCCACCACGGGCCUCCCGGGAUGGGCCAGCAUCACCCAGGACCACCGGGCUCCGGAGGCCAGCCUCCCCCCCGCCCCCCACCUGGCAUGCCACACCCUGGACCCCCACCCAUGGGUAUGCCACCCCGAGGACCUCAUUUCGGGUCGCCCAUGGGUAAGUGGGUGCCUGCAAGAGGCGGUCACCCCGGCCCCAUGCCGCACCACGGGAUGCGCGGCCCUCCUCCGCUGAUGCCUCCUCACGGGUACAACGGGCCCCCUCGCCCCCCGCCCUACGGCUACCAGAGGGUCCCCCUGCCCCCCCGGCCUGCGCAGCGGCCCCCCGGGGUGCCACCGCGGGGCCCCUUGAGGGGCCCCCUGCCCUAAACGCGGUAGUGGCAAAGCCCCCUCCCUGCUGGGGAUCCUUCCCUCUCCAGACUUCCAUUUCCCCUUGGUCUAACGUACCCUCACCCGGGAGGGGCAGUUGGGUCCAGCCCUGGCGCAGCUCCCCUUUUUAUCUUUCCCUCUCCUCUUCAUUUCCCCCAUUUCUUUUGAUAGUCUUCAUUUUGGUUACAUUUUUCCCCCCUCCUUCCGUUUUUCUCAGCCUUGAGGAUUUUUCAAGACACUUUUAACAGGAUUUACUGGUUGGUUUUUUGGUUUUUGUUUUGUUUUGGGUUUUUUUUUUUUUUUUUCUAUGUAAAGCAGCGAUCGCCCAUUUACAAAUAAAGCAUUUUAAGAACCGGGGGUUGUCCCUCUGAGAGCGGGA